AUGUCAUGGGCGUGCAUAGAUUUACCCCACUACCGGCGCUUUAUGGAGACUCUGGCUGGAAACCGACUUUGUAUGGAAGAUGGGGAGACAAUCUUGAAAGGAAAAGAAAGGGUUGAGAAACUGUGUAACGCCAAGUUCCUGGAAAACUAUAAAGAUUGCGACAAUACCUAUUUCUUUGACAGGGACCCCAAUAUGUUCAUGUCCAUAUUAAACUACAUACGGACAGGCAAACUCCACCUUCCGUCCUACAUUUGCGGACCGGCCGCCAAACUCGAGCUGGACUUUUGGGGCGUGCAGGAGGUGAACAUCCAACCUUGCUGCUGGAUGAACUAUAACGAAGGGAAUUAUACACAGAACGCACUGAACCGGCUCGAGAAAGAUCGGAAACGCAUGCAUCUUCUACACGAGCUGGAAGAUGAAAACAAUACGACACAACCAGAUGUUGAACAGAAACUGAACUGGAGUGAGAAAGUUGACGAAGACCCGGUUAUGAGGGGAGUAAAUGUGAAACAAUGCUCUGGUAAAGCCAGGUGUUUUAAUUUGACUUCGGAAAACGUGCGCAGAAAAGCAUGGCGCUUUUUGAAUCGGUCAAACUCCUCCAAGGGAGCGAAGGCAUUUGGUUACGUUGCACUGCUGUUUGUAGCAAUGUCCAUAUUUUCAUUUAUGGCGGAUACAAUGGAGCAUUUCCAGCACUAUGAGCAAGCUACCGACCAUAUGACAGUUACCAACAACCAAUCAAACACGAGCAUCCAUGGCAACGAUUCAACAACAACGACAUUGGCAAUUCAAAACACAACAUCGGAACCAAGAAAUAUUCAAAUCAAGCACCCGGUGUUGAACAUAAUUGACAUAAUGUGCCUGGCUUACUUUAUAGUCGAGUAUCUUGCAAGACUGUAUUUUUCACCGAAUAAACUCAAGUACGCAAAGUCCCUACUAUCGGUGAUUGACCUACUUGCAAUAAUUCCUGACCUGAUAGAGACACUCGUGCUCUUUUUACAACCAGACCUCCAAGAGAAGUUUAUAGCCGUGGGUUUCAUACGCUACAUUCGCAUUCUCCGGAUAUGCAGGCUCAUCCACCACUCUACGGGACUCUGGAUCCUUAUCUACACCCUCAAGGCCAGUUUCAGCGAGCUGAUGCUUCUCGUCUGGUUUAUGAUCAUCGGUGUCUUCGUCUUCUCAAGUCUUAUUUACUUCGUCGACGAUCGUGAAAAAUUCACGAGCAUUCCAGAAGGUUUCUGGUGGGCAUUGAUUACCAUGACAACCGUAGGGUACGGCGACUUUUAUCCAGUGACUGUUCUUGGAAAGAUUGUGGGCGCGUUCUGUGCUAUGGCGGGUGUGUUGCUGGUCGGUUUCGCCGUGCCCAGUCUUGUGAACAAUUUCCGGUUGUACUAUCAUUACGUGCAUUUGGUAAUUCACAUGGAUAAGCUGAAACUGGUGUAUCAGAAGGCGAAAAAAGAAGCCUUAUGGACGGAACACAUUGGUAAAGAUGAACAACAUAAACAAUGA